AUGACAAACUCAUUAGAACAAUUGAAAGCUACGGGAACUACAAUCGUUACCGACACAGGUGAAUUUGAGUCGAUUGCUAAGUUUACACCACAGGAUGCUACCACGAAUCCUUCAUUAAUCUUGGCUGCUUCAAAAAAAGCCGAAUAUGCUAAAUUGAUUGAUGUUGCUGUAGAUUAUGCUAAAGACAAGGGUGGUUCGCCAAAGGAAAAGGCUGCACUUGCUUUGGAUCGUUUGUUAGUGGAAUUUGGAAAAGAGAUCUUGAAGAUAGUUCCAGGUCGUGUUUCAACUGAAGUUGAUGCAAGGUUAUCUUUUGACAAAGAAGGAACAAUAAAGAAAGCUAUUCAUUUAAUCGAAUUGUAUAAGUCCCUUGGUAUCCUGAAGGACCGUGUCUUGAUUAAAGUUGCUUCAACGUGGGAAGGUAUUCAAGCCGCACGUGAAUUGGAAUCCAAGUAUGGUAUUCACUGUAAUUUGACUUUAUUAUUCUCUUUCGUACAAGCUGUUGCUUGUGCUGAAGCUAAAGUAACUUUAAUUUCUCCAUUCGUUGGUAGAAUUUUGGAUUGGUAUAAGAAGAGUACCGGUCAAGAGUACGAUUCUGAGUCAGAUCCUGGUGUGCAGUCAGUAAGACAGAUCUACAACUAUUAUAAGAAGUUUGGUUAUAAUACCAUUGUUAUGGGAGCAUCCUUCAGAAACGUUGGUGAAAUUAAAGCUUUAGCAGGAUGUGAUUUCUUAACUGUGGCUCCAAAGUUAUUAGACGAAUUAUAUAAUUCGAACGAAAAGGUUGCAAAGGUUUUGGAAGCAGAAUCUGCUAAGAAGUCUCUGGAAGAAAAGGUCUCAUAUGUUGAUGAUGAAGCAACUUUCAGAUUUUUGUUGAACGAUGAUGCUAUGGCCACAGAAAAGUUAGCUGAAGGAAUUAGAAAUUUCGCAAAGGAUGCUCAAACUUUAUUGACUCAAUUAGAAGGAAAGUUCUAA